AACUGGCUUCCAAACUAAAUGCAUUUGAACAAUAUCUAUAUAAGACCUGCUUGUUUGAGUUCGGAAUCAUUCUAAUCGAACAGUCCCAGUGUGCAUCAAGUGUUGGUGAAAUGCGUGCAUUUAUCAUUUUGUCUUUAGCUGCAGUGGUUUACGCCGAUGUCGGCUACAACUACAACGCAGGCAGUGGAGGUUUGGGCAGCCUUGGAGCACAUGCUGGCUCCAAUGGAUUGAGUGGCAAUGGUGCAUUGCAAGGUUUAGGAGGUGCCGGUCGCCUAGGAGGCAUUGCUGGUUCCCAUGGUGUGGGCGGUGGCUCCAGCGCGCCCGCUUCCAGUGGUCCUGCUGCUCCAGCUACCUACGACAAAGAGUUUUACACUUUCACCGCGCCCGAAAAUGAAUUCGAAAAUGAUAAUGAUGGAAAACAAAUCACCAGUAUUAAGAAGAAUUUACGUGUAAUUUUCAUUAAAUCGCCAGAAAAUAAGGGUUUGGAAAAUGCUGCACUGCAGUUGGCGAAACAGGCUGCUGACGAUAAGACUGCUAUUUAUGUAUUACAGAAGCAGACUGACAUCGGCAGUUUGGCACAACAGCUGCAGACCGCCAGGUCGCAACAAAGUAACAAACCCGAAGUUCACUUUGUCAAGUAUCGUACUCCAGAGGAUGCGGCUAAUGCUCAGAAAGCUAUUCAAUCACAAUACAAUCAGUUGGCUGGCAACUCCCAAGCUCAUAAUGGUGGAGUGGCACCAGUGUUGAAUUUUGCCUCUCGCGCUCCUGCGGCCCCAGGUGCAGCUCCUAAGACUCCGGCUAAUGCUUAUCUGCCUUCAUCGGUUUUACGGCUAUUCCGUGCGUGAAAAUUU